AUGACGACAAAAACUCCUGAAUUUCAGUUUCGUGAGGUCUUACUCAAACUACUGGAUGGUUUAUCAGAUAGUGAUUGUAAAAAAUUAAAAUUUUUACUUGGUGAAGAUAUUCCACGUAGACUUCAAGAUGAUCCAACCAUUGGUGGUACCCUUGAUUUGUUUCAAAAACUGUUUGAUCAACAUAAAAUUUCUGAGCAAAAUUUCACCUAUUUAAUCAAUGCAUUUGAAGCUAUUAAAUGUUUUCAUGCUGCACAAUGUUUGAAAAGUAAACAGCUUAUUUUACCAUCGACGUCUACUACAAAUAAUUGUAUUUUUUAG